ACACGACUGACGACACUCGCGACAGUUUUUAGAAGUAGGGGUAUGGGAAGGGAGUAGUGUGUUGUGUGUUCUGUGAUAAGAAAAUUAAAAAACCAGAUUUAUUUGGUAAAAUAUUAAUAAAAAGUCCUGAUAAAAAGACAAAAAUGUCGACGUCGGGUGAUUUUGGCAAUCCCCUAAGGAAAUUUAAGUUAGUUUUUCUAGGAGAACAAAGUGUUGGAAAAACAUCACUUAUUACAAGAUUUAUGUAUGAUAGUUUUGAUAAUACCUAUCAGGCUACAAUAGGUAUAGAUUUUCUGUCAAAAACUAUGUACUUAGAAGAUAGAACAGUGCGGCUACAACUUUGGGAUACUGCAGGACAGGAAAGGUUUAGAUCUUUGAUCCCAUCUUAUAUUCGAGAUUCGACAGUUGCUGUAGUAGUUUAUGAUAUUACAAAUGCAAACUCUUUCCACCAGACAUCAAAGUGGAUUGAUGAUGUUAGAACUGAAAGAGGCAGUGAUGUAAUAAUUAUGCUUGUUGGCAAUAAAACUGAUCUCUCAGAUAAAAGACAAGUUAGCACAGAGGAAGGUGAGAGAAAAGCACAGGAACUCAAUGUAAUGUUUAUUGAAACCAGUGCCAAAGCAGGGUAUAAUGUUAAACAAUUAUUUAGGCGCGUAGCAGCCGCCCUACCUGGAAUGGACUCCACAGAAAAUAAACCACCAGAAGACACUGUUGAUUUGCAAACUCAACCACAACUACAUCACGACCAACAAGACUCUGAAGGUGGUUGCAUGUGUUAAACUCGCCUUACCAUCGAAAUAAAAUUAGUAGCAGUAGUGGGUGACUCUCCCUUAAUGUGCAUUUCCUAUUUUGUCGAAAAAGCCUCACAUCAAUCAUGCUUUAUGCGCUGGGAGAAAAACUCAUUAUUGCCUGCUAAAAUAGUGUUUUAUGGAAGUUUUUUAGUUUACUGAAAAGCAAACUGAGUAGUCUCUGCCUAAUGGUAAAUGUUGUUUUUAACGCAGACCCUUUUAUGUUUGUAAAUGCUAACCUUGAUGAGAUGCUGCCAUGAUUUUACUGUUCUGUUGAUAGCAAAUAAAAAGCUUAGAUUUGUUAAAGCUAUAAAUUAUAUUAACUUAAUUGGCAAAAAGUAAAAAAUAAUGAAUAGUGGAAGAGAUCUCGCUAAACAAUAACCCAAAAUAAUUGUGUUUUUUUUUAAUAUAUGAAAUAUAUUAUCUUUGUCACUGUUUAAUAUACUAGGAGCAGCUGAAACUAUUUUAGUAGUUGUUAGAGCUUAAGGCAACUGACUUAUUGAGCAGACAACUUCUAGAUGGAUAGACCUUUGUGGCCAAGAAUUAACAAUGCAAUGAAUCGGACAAACAAACGUGGGGAAAAUUUGACUUAAAACCAGAAAACUACAUGAGAAUUUUACUGAAGGGAAAUAAAUGAUUGGAUAUUAAUAAGAUAUAGGACUAAUUUCGUCAAUGAGAGAGUGCAACAAAGUCAAUAUCACCAUAUAACUGUUUACUUAUGGGAAAAACGAAAGUUAUAGGCCUAUCCAUGUAACUGAUAUCUUACUCCUAUACUAGAUGUUGAGAAUGUUUCCUAAUAACAAUACGAAACGGCUAUCAGCAGUAUUGGGAACACUCGCACUUUAUUUUCAUUGCUUCUCAACAUCGAGGCGAGAGUUACCUGUGUUUGUCAAUAGUUAGGAAAUAUAUAAACUUGUCCAAAUUGCGUCAUCCACAAGAUGUAAAAAUAGAACAAUUAGCUCCUAUACUCUUUAACUGUAUGUGAAAUAUAGUGCAUUUUUCAGUUUGUACUUACUGAAGAUGAAAAUGUUUCUCAAUUUAAAUUUAUAUUAUACUAGUAAUAAAUGAAAGUAAUUUUUUUGUAAUUAUUAUACUCUUACUUAUCAGUGGUUUGAACCAUAUUCAUCUCGAGUAUAAUAUAUGGAUAAAACUGGGUUUGUAAAUUAUAAUUAGAUAGGUAUUAUAUAGGUAAUAAAUGUUUUGCUGUUUUAAAAUAUAUUCUUUAUAAAUACUCGAUGUUUACUAAAGGAAAACACGUUAAUUAAUAUUCCUUUUAAUUUAAUCUGUUAUCAAAUAUAAAAGGGUCAAGAACAGUCGCUAUAAGUGUGAUAUUCAUAAUAAGUAUUGCAAUUGUGCACAAUAUGUAAUAAUAAUUGGUAUAAUAUGUGAAGUAUGACAAGGGAACAUUCACGAAGCCUGCAAUCAUAUAAUGUGUAAUCAGAUCAAAGUUAUAACUAAUCUUUUGCUGAAUUAUUUAAACACUGUACAGCUAAUUUUUUUUUACGUCACCUGUGCUUGUUUUCAUUUUUAGGGUAAAUAUCCAAAUAAAUUUUUUUUCUCGUU